AUGCUUCAAAAUACCAAUGUCCCAAACAUCUACAUCAUCGGCCCUCAGUCCACAGGCAAAACUACCCUCAUCCACAAGAUACAGGGUGACCUACAGCUCUGGCUCAGAGCCACCUCAAUCGAAAGCCCAAGUAUCAUCUCCGAAGUGGCCAGAACGGUUCUCAAAAAGCACAGCUAUUCAGCGCACGACAUCCAAACAUCAAAAACAAGAUGUCUUGAACUUCAGCAGCUCAUCUUAGAAGCCCAAGCAGUCGCUGAGAAAGAGGCUCUGCAGACCUCCUCCUGGUUCAUCUCCGAUCGCUCAGGCUUUGAUCCGCUGGUCUAUGCAAAGAGAUAUGUCUCACUACAAGGGGUCCAAGAAUUGCAACAAUUACCUGCCUGGAACGAGGUCAAGGACAGGAUGGAGAAUGCUCUGAUAGUGGUUUGUGAGGCGGGGACACCUUGGUUGAUGGAUGAUGGGGUGCGGUUGAUGCCAGGUAGCCAUGACGAGUGGAUGGCUGUGUUUGACGACUUUUGCGAAUUAUUAGAUCAAGUCGGCUUUGAGUAUUGCAUCAUUCCUCGAACCAUGCUGGACCUGUCAGAACGGGCAGAUUUUAUCAGGAUGAAAUGGACUGAGAAACGUGAAUCGGCAGUAGAACACAGGGCGAUAGCAUAA